GGAACAUCAGAAAGGGUGUACACGUACAGAGGACACUUCAGCGAAAAGCAUACAGUACCCAUGGAGAGUGCAUUCUCGCUGGACCAGAUUCGACGCGGAGACCAUAUAUGCUUCCCUCGACUUGCCUACUGGCAUCACGCUAUAGUAGACACUGUCGAUAAAUCAAAUGGUGAAGUCAGCGUUAUCGAGUACUCCAAUUCCGCAAAACAAUUCAGCCAGGACAACAGCAGCCCGCCAAAAAAUCCGGGAUUGGCUGUGGUGGUUAGACGAAGGUUCAAAUUAGAAAACGAACCCGUUUACGUUAUUAAACACGACAGGUGUUUUGAUCCCGAAACUGUUGUUUCCAGUGCUAAGAGUAAGCUAGGGGAAAGAAAAUACCAUCCUGUUACCAAUAACUGUGAGCAUUUUGCCUUAUGGUGUAAAACAGGAAUAUCCUCCUCAGAACAAGUUAACAAUGUCAAGGAUGCCUUUAAGACAAGAGUAAACGAUGUCAAAGACACCCUGCUAAGAGCUUUGCUACAGGAAAUUGUAACCGAAACAUCAGUCGUCAAAGAAUCUGUUGGAGGGCUUGAAAUCGCAGCAGUUUUUGAAGUCGUGUCUGCGGUGUAUGAUAUAAGCUGUGCCCAUAAAGACAAGCAAGAGGGGAGAAUCAGCCAAGCAGAAUUCGAUCAAGCUGUUGGAAAUCGAAUCUUAUCAGGUACCAUGAAUGUGGCAGUAUCUACUGCAGGAGAAGUCAUUGGCCAAGUUCUUAUUCCUGUUCCGGCGAUUGGAAAAUUUGUAGGAGGUAUCGUUGGAUCCUUUAUUGGAAAGGUUCUCGGAGAAUGGACUCUAUCUUAA